UGAGUAAAAACGUGCAGUGGAAACAGCCAGACUUCUCUCAGCAAGUAAAGCUUUGAUUUGGAAACCUACAACCGGAAGUGACCCUAUUGACCACGUGCUAAUUGACGGUGUUUCAGCCUCAAUAAGAGCCCGGUGUUACCAUCAGCUGAGACACGCAGACUCAGUCCGGAGGCGUUCAGUCAACGUUUCAGCUGGACUGAGUUCGACUGUCAAACGUCUUGACAUAUAAAACAUUUCAAUUGUUGCCUAAGAACUUUUAACUCCUGACAAUCUCACAGUUUAAAUCUAUAUUUGCUCCAAAAUUGCCUCAGACGUUAAGAUGCCUUUUAUCGAGCACGUAUCCGACUCGGAUUUAGAGCGUUUGGCGCUGGAGCGGGUCGUCCCGGCGCUGCUGGCGCACGGUUUCUGCCAUGUAGACGGUCUUCUCGGGGAGUUGGCCGGGGACGCCGUGCUGGACCAGGUGAAGGAGAUGCACCGGUCCGGAGCGCUGCAGGACGGCCGGCUGGCCGGCUCCGUCCCUGGCAUCCGCCGGAGGAGCAUCCGCGGGGACCAGAUCGCCUGGGUGAGCGGGACGGAGCGCGGCUGCGAGGCGAUCAGCUUCCUGCUCAACCUGAUCGAUAAACUGAUCUCCGUGUGCUCCAGCCGGCUGGGGAACAAGGCGAUCCGGGAGAGGUCGAAGGCCAUGGUGGCGUGUUACCCGGGAAACGGGGCCGGUUACGUCAAACACGUGGACAACCCGAACUCCGACGGACGCUGCAUCACCUGCAUCUACUACCUCAACAAGAACUGGAACGCCAAGGAGCACGGCGGCAUCCUCAGGAUCUUUCCAGAAGGGAAAUCCUACGUCGCCGACAUCAAGCCGCUGUUCGACAGGCUGCUCUUCUUCUGGUCCGACCGCAGGAACCCGCACGAGGUGCAGCCCUCCUACUCCACCAGGUACGCCAUCACAGUUUGGUAUUUUGACUCUGAGGAGAGAGCCGAGGCCAAGAGACGCUUCAGAGACCGGACAGCUUCCUCUCGGCAGGGCAGCAGCACCAGCUGAACGUGAGAAAACGUCGCCGCCUGGUGUUUAACUGCAGGAGAAGACGGCAGGAAUCCCUUCUGACUCUCGCUCCUCUGUCUGUGUCAGCUGAAAGAAAAGACAAAAAGAAGAAGUGUCACUCUGUCCUGGACUCCGGAGGAUUCGAGGGAAUUUUCAAACUUUCAUCUGAUGAACUGAUGUUCCCUCAUCGCUCCGGCGUCCAGGCUGGAGAAGACAACCUGCCUGCACUGCUGCGAGCGCUGCUGCUGCAACCUGACAAAUGAUGAGUUCAGGUGACCGGCAGCUGCUCUGGACUCUUUCUGCUUUACUUGUGCAAUACUCUCUCUCUCUCUCUCUCUCUCUCUCUAUGAUUUCUGCUGAAAGCCCUCCUGAGACGGAGGAAACGGCGGACUGCACCUUUUAAUGCUUCGCCUUCAGCUCACUUCAAAACAAGAGACUGAGAGACAAUGUUUACAGACGGAGAGAAAUUAAGAGACACGAUGAUUUCUAACCCGAGUGUGAGAGAAAACUUUCAUAUCGUAACAUUUUUCUCUGCACACGUUUGUGUUUUUAAUCAUCGAGGAGCAUCAGAGAAAUGUUUACUAGUAACUGAAGUCUACAUAUUCAACAAACAAAGGCUGCAAAACUUAACGAAAAAGAAGAAUUAUGCUCUUAAAUCUUAACCUGAGAAAGCAGGAAAGAGAGGAGGAGGCAAAUAUGUUUUAGGAAAAUGACUAGUGGUUUAAAUAAUAACAAUAAUAAUAAUAAGACGUGGAGUCAUUUCAAAAGUUGCCACAAACUUCACAAAAUGUUGUAAAACUUUAUUAUUUUACAAGUCCUUUCAUUGUAAUUUGCUGGAACUCGCGUAAUUUCCAGGUAUUUAACGCUUAAAUUUCAGAGUAUUUUACAGAGUGUGGUGCAGUUUGGUACAAAUUAUAAGAAAAAUGUCAAAAAAGUGUUUAUUUUUGGGUUCAUAUGAAGUUGUUAUAAUAAAUUAGAUUCUCAACUGAAAAAAACGUAUUUUUCAGUGUGUAGUUUUGUGUGUCAAUUAACAUUUUCUAUGUAACACUUUAUUUUAUGAGUCAUUUACUUUCCUAAUUUCUAAAACAUCUUUUAAAGGGUUAUGUGAUUUGGUAGUAUUGAGGAAAUGCACUUAAGAAAGAAUCUAAUAUAAUAAUCUAAUAAUACAUAAUAAUAUAUGUAGUUUGGUGUAUCAAACUACAUAUAGAAAACUCCGAAAACAACAUACAAACCCAAAAAUAUUCAGCUGGAAACCAACUUUUCUUGAGUUUUUUUCUAACAGUUUGUACCACAUUACACCCCCUCCCUCCCUGUGUAAAACGUCCUAAAUUAAAUUGUUAAAUACCUGCAAAUUAUACAGAAAAUAUCCAUUAAAUUAGUAUAAAAUGAAAGGAGCUGUAAGAUAAAAUGUCAUUCUUGAUCUUGGGAACAGCAGUUUGAACACCAGCUUUUUUUGUCAGAGCUUUCAACCACAUCUCACUCAAAUCACUCCAUUUACUGAAGAAGACAGUGGUAGAGCUGCAACUAAUCAUUAUUUUCAUUAUCAAUUAAUUCGCUGAUUAUUUUCUCAAUUAAUGGAUUAAUCAUUUUAUGUAUAAAAUGUCCUAAAGAUACUCUGCUUAUUAUUUCGUAUGACACAGAAAAGUAUCAAAUCUUCAUAUUUGAGAAGCUGAAACCAGCUUUAAAAAACAACUUAGAUUAUCAAAUAUUGUUGUUGACUCAUUUCCUGUUGAUCGAUGCAUUGUUGAAGCUCUAGACGAUGGUUGAAAGCUCCAGAAAAAGCUGCCUGGUGAACCUUUGAAUUUCACAACAUGUCAAAAAUAUAAAAAAGAUUCACAUAAAAUAAAAUAAAUCAAGUUGA